CGUACUCUGGACACGUGUUCCCCCUUCCAUUUUCCUCUUUUUCACUUCUUCUUCUUCCCUCUGCAACUGGGAAAGAAAUUUUCAAAAGAUUCAAACAGAAACCAAACCAGCACAGACGGACAAACCAAACAGGGAGCAAGCAAAUGUCCACCCGCGCACGUUAGCAGCUCGCACCCGCGCACUGGCUAACGAGUCACGGCGAUCUCUCCUCCUCGUCCUGUCCCCAGCGCUCUCUCAUUCUGUCCGCCGGAAAGUGACGUCAGCUAUCUCUCUCCUCUCCCACCCCCACAUUUUCCAUUUCCCCCUUCUUUCUGCUUCGCCGUCACUCUCAAACAUUCGCGCAAAUCAUCAUUUCUCUCGCCUCUCUGCUUCGCUUUCCUCUUUCAUCCGAAUCGCCUUCUCUUUACAGGUAUGACGAGUUUGGUUCCUCGUUUCACUUCUUUAUAUACGCAUGUAUGAUUCUUCAUUGCCAAUCGGUUGUUGAAUUCUCUUCCUCCAUUGUUCACCUGUUGAUUUGGACCCAGAGUCGUUUGCCGGAGAAGGCUCAGAUCUUAGCGAGGUUUAGGGGAAGAAUUUUGAGUACCUCCGCCAUGAGAGAGCGUCACCUGGAGAACUCCUACUAUGCCUACAAGCGACUUUCCUCCAAGGAUUUCCUGGAUGACAGAGAAGACGCUCCUCCAGAUCCGAUUGAGAUAAGCAAAGAUAUUGGAAACCCUCCAUGGAGGCGAUCUCUGGUGCAUAUACUGGUGGCCACUAUUUCUUCGCUCUUGUUUGGUUACCAUCUUGGAGUAGUAAAUGAGACGCUUGAAAGCAUAUCCCGAGACCUCGGGUUUAGUGGGAAUACGUUGGCGGAGGGCCUUGUGGUGAGUACAUGCUUAGGUGGUGCUUUUGUUGGAUCGCUCUUCAGUGGUUGGGUUGCAGAUGGUGUAGGCCGCCGCAGGGCGUUUCAGCUUUGUGCCUUGCCUAUGAUAGUUGGCGCUUCAGUGAGUGCCACAACAAAAAACCUAUGGGGCAUGCUCCUCGGAAGGUUGCUCGUUGGAACUGGGAUGGGUCUUGGCCCACCUGUAGCAGCUCUUUAUGUUGCAGAGGUUUCCCCAGCUUAUGUAAGGGGUACCUAUGGAAGCUUGACACAAAUUGCAACAUGUUUUGGACUGAUGGGGUCCCUUUAUAUUGGAAUGCCAGCCAAGACGACCAUGGGUUGGUGGCGCAUUUGCUUUUGGGUGUCUGCCAUUCCUGCUGCAUCACUUGCUAUUCUUAUGGAGUUUUGUGCAGAGAGUCCUUACUGGCUUUUAAAGAGCGGACGAAGUGCUGAAGCUGAAGUUGAGUUCGAGAGACUUUUAGGAGCAUUGCAUGUCAAAUCUGCAAUGGCAGAUUUGUCAAAGUCAGACGGGAGAGAUGAAGUAGAGAAAGUCAAGUUCACAGAGUUGCUUUAUGGCCGUCAUUUUAAAGUGGUUUUCAUUGGGUCUACCCUUUUUGCCUUACAACAGCUAUCAGGGAUAAAUGCCGUGUUUUAUUUCUCAUCAACCGUCUUUAAAAGUGCUGGUGUACCGUCAGACUUUGCAAACACGUGUGUAGGGCUCUGCAACUUGUUUGGCUCCGUAGUUGCCAUGAUUUUGAUGGAUAGACUGGGGAGAAGGGUGCUUCUCAUGGGCAGUUUCUUUGGUAUGGCAGUAUCAAUGUGCAUCCAAGCUGUAGGAGCUAGUUCGCUUGUCUCAAGCUCCCAGUCAGUGUAUCUUUCUGUUGGAGGCAUCUUGUUGGUUGUCUUAACAUUUGCCCUUGGUGCUGGUCCAGUUCCUGGUCUCCUGUUGUCAGAAAUAUUGCCGAGUCGGAUUAGAGCCAAGGCAAUGGCAGUUUGUAUGGCCGUACAUUGGGUUGUUAAUUUUUUUGUUGGGCUCUUGUUUUUGCGGUUACUGGAGCAAAUUGGUCCGCUCGUAUUGUAUACAGUCUUCUCCAGUUUUUGUAUGCUUGCUGUCAUCUUUGUAAAAAAGAAUGUCUUGGAAACCAAAGGCAAAUCACUGCAAGAGAUUGAGAUUGCACUUAUACCCCAAGUAUGAAGGUUAGUCAUUUUGUUACUUCCAGUUCUGAAUUGCUUUGGUUUAUUUGUCUGAAGAUUAAACAGUAAAUACUGACCGCUAUGACAUUGUCCAAUUAUUGUGGAUGCCUGUUACUUUUGAAAUACAAUAUGGUGCAUUUGACAAUCUCUCUUUGUUUCUGUAAUUUUUUGUGUGUGUGUAAGUCGGAAUUCCCAAGUUAGCUGCUUACGUAGUCCUACGCACUGCUAGUAAGCCAUUCUUCUCUUUAUCGCCACAGGUAUUGUAAGUUAUGGUUCCACCUAGCACAUCUCGACCAGCAUCGUUUUUCGUCUGUAGUCGGAGGUAGUUUUUCUGUUUUAAUCUGUCCAAGUUUUCCCUCCUGUAAUAGGGCUUUCAGCUAUCCCAAGUUAUUAGUAGUUAAUAAUUUCCUAAACCUCUUAUAGCCGCAUUUGGUAAUAUGCAAACCUAUUGAAUUCAGAAUCAAGCAUGACCGCAUGAGCCAUCCACAGCAGUUCCUAUCUGCCAAUGAUCGGUCGUUCGUUCAUUCUGUUGUGAAUUGUGAGUAACUAACUAGGUUUUUUUGACAAAGAGUAACUAACUAGGUUCAUGGCAACAUUUUUGUUUGACAUGCAGGGAGAAGACAACAACUGAUAGUGGAGAGUUGCAGAUACAGGAUUGUACUGGAGUUUAGCGUCAAUGGCUGCCCUAGAGUUUGAUGCUGCCUUCUACCUUGUAGCCCUGGGUUUUGAUACACAUAUGGCUGGAGAACCUGAGAUAUUCUUACCCCGGAGAACUGGGAAUGUAUAUUUACUUACUGAUCAAUUUUCCUUUUUCCCCAUCUAAGGUUGUUCAACUUGCUGUUCAACUGUGGCAUUUGUGUAAGCACAGUAAUUUUUUUGUUCUAUUUUAUACGUGGGGACAGGAGACAGUGGCUUCCCUUCUGCUGGACAAACUGAUUAGCAUCGUUUCAGGGGAGAUAAUAUUUUGCAGUAAUAAACUAAUAACUAGCAACAAAGCCUGCGCUACGUUGUGGAGAAUGCGUGAGUGACUCAAAGUUAUCAUAUAAAAAUUAUAAUUAGUUAUAGAUUUGACAAACAAUAACGUAAACAUUUUAAU